CUAGCGAUAGAGGAACCCAAGAAUAGAAGUUGCAAGCUGAUCACAGCUUGUGUGUGUGUGCAUGAAUUUCUCUAACAAUGCCUUUAAAUUAUAUUUUUCACUGCACCCUGUGGCUUCUACCACCUAUGAAUUUCUGUAACCAUUCCUGGAAUGCCUACCAGUGCCUCAUUAUCCUGUAUUAUUUGCCCAUGCUUCUUUACUCUUUACUCUCAACAUUAUUUUCUCGGAGCUGCAAGCACAUGUAUCCAUGCAGCGGCCAGGAAGAUAUCACAUAUUGAAGCAACUAGCCAUAUAUAACAAUAGUUUAAGGGGAAUAUUCCCCUUCAAAACGUUUUCCAUAAGCCAGUCCCUUGCUUAUCUCUAUUGUUACCAAUGCCUCACCAUCCUGUCCUGCACCCAUUACCAAUCAGCCCUUAGUAUACAGCUUCAGUACAGGCUGAUUAAUAAACUGCAACCUGGUUCAGUGAAAAAAAUUAGUGACUCACCACAGAACUGGCAUCAGCUGGAGAACAUUGGGAACUUUAUCAAAGCUAUUACAAAAUAUGGGGUGAAACUUCAUGACAGCUUUGAAGCCAACGAUUUAUAUGAGGGUUGUAACUUAACCCAAGUUCAGACAACACUUAUGGCCCUGGCUAGCAUGGCAAAAACAAAAGGCUAUCAUACAAGAUCGGACAUUGGUGUGAGAUAUGCAGAAAAGCAGCAACGAGCUUUUGAUAAUGAGACACUGAAAGCAGGGCAGAAUAUCAUUGGACUACAGAUGGGGACAAAUAAAUUUGCCAGCCAGCAGGGGAUGACAGCAUAUGGUACCAGAAGGCAUUUAUAUGACCCAAAAACUGGAGUGGAGAAACCACUUGACCAGACUACCAUUAGUCUCCAAAUGGGAACCAACAAGGGAGCAACCCAGGCUGGAAUGACUGCUCCAGGGACACGAAGACACAUCUUUGACAACAAACUUGGAACUGAAAAAUGUGAUUCCACCAUUGUGUCGCUGCAGAUGGGGACAAACCAAGGGGCUUCACAGAAAGGGAUGACUGUGUAUGGGUUAAGCCGGCAAGUAUAUGAUCCCAAGUACUGUUCCACUCCCAACUUCCCUAUCAAUGAUGGGAACCAGCUAACCAGUGGCUCUGAAUGCAGUGAGAGUGACUACCCAGCAGAGUACAAGUACAUUCAGCAAAUAGAUUCCAAUCGCCAUAAGCAAAUGUAUCAGAAUUUUGAAUGAAAGCAGAAUGGCACUGCUUAACAAACCGGCUUGUACAAAUGUGCAUCGCAGCCUCACACAUCUCUCAGUUACAAGCCACUUAGCUACACAGAAUGCUUUGUUGCUAGUGCAGUGACUGAAACCCAUGUUAGGCUCUGCUGGUUGAAUUAUAUUUAGACACCUGAAUAAUUUCUUUGAAACAGUGCUGGGUGGUCAAUCAACUCCAAAAGCAGCAAAAUAGAACAUAGAACAUAGAACAGUACAGCACAGAACAGGCCCUUCAGCCCACAAUGUUGUGCCGACCAUUGAUCCUCAUGUAUGCACCCUCAAAUUUCUGUGACCAUAUACAUGUCCAGCAGUCUCUUAAAUGACCCCAAUGACCUUGCUUCCACAAAAUGAGCCAGAUUAAUGUAAGAAUUGGCAAAGUACCCUGAAUGUAUCCACCAAGUUUAAAACAGUCACUUCUCCCCCUACCCAGCUUGUAUAUUCAUUAUAACAUUUUAAAAAUAACAUUAAAGUAAAAAUUAUAAUUUCAAUUUUAAUUUCUUUCCUACUCACCAAUUUGUCAGCACUGGUUCAUUGUUUACAAAUCUUUCUGUAAAUCAACUCAUUACAGUAAACUUGUAUACAAUGCACAAAUUGGCUACCUUUGGAGCCACCCUUUCUACGGUGACCCACACAGGAACACACCGCACUGAUCGACCAACCAUUCUUAGGUUGUUUUAUUAUGAGCUUAGUGAUGUGAGAUGGAUGUGCGUCUACAACACUAGCUUUGAAAACUGAUCCCACUAUUUUCAUUACUGCGAUGUUUGUGUGGUAGUAUUGAAACUGAAAUUUCAAAGUGUGAAGCAGUUUAACAUCCAACUCAGCACUGGUACAGAAACAGGAAAGCCUGAGGUGAUAAUGUUUUAACAGCAGUUAGGUUAGUUUUUAGAUUUUGUGUUCCUUUAAGUAUUGACAGUGUUUAAAUACUAGAAUUAGCAGUUAUCUAGUGAUUUGUGCAAAUAUGUAAAUCUGCUCACGUCAGCACUUCUCAAAUUCGACAAAGACCUCCCAAGUUGCAGGCACACAAUUAAACACAGAACUCUAUCAGAACAUCACAGGGUCACACCAGAUCUCUGUACGUUGUUCACCUGGCUCACUAUUGUUUAUUCAGAAACACUAAUUCCAAAAACGUGUAGCAGUUUAAUAGUCAGACCAACAAGACAUGCUACUUCAUUUCAAAGAACAACAGAAUGACAACCAAACAAAAUAAACUUCUCCAUCAGGCAAGCCUCACAUAACAGCUCCAUCAGCUAGUCACUGAUUAGAUCAGGUCCAUUUGACUAAGCUUCAGCUGUUCUCAGCUUCCGAACACAGGCUCAGUACCUAGUGAACCUAAUGUCCCUGUGUGGGCUCAGCAUACCAUACUUGUGUCAGUUCUCCAAUUUACAGUCUACACUAGGUAAUAUCACUGCAGAAACACAUCAAUGAUGGAAGAUGUUGAUAGAAUGAAUUCAACUAGGCUCAAAUGUAGUGACUAACUUCCACAAAUCAUUUCAGUCAAUCUCAAAUAGAAUCGGGAAACCUCCAGACAGCAUUAAUUCUUUACCUGUGAUCUGGAUAUGUGAUUGUUAACAAUUCAGUAAGUGACGUUAAACUACCCUAUGUGACUAAUUAAAGGAUCUUUUACUGAAUGUGAAUUGUGUACUGCUGUCCUAAUACACAGCACGAUGCCACUGUUAGUUAAUAAAACCAGACUAAACCAA